CACAUCUCAAAAAACAUCUAAAAUCUCCACCCUUCCAAAACUCGAAUAACAUCACUUUCCCCCCUUUCUCUUCACAACAAUCAUCUCCCCAUUAUUUCCUCUCUCCUUUUCUAUUUGAAUCCCUCAAACCACUUUCUAUCUAGGGUUUCCUUCUGUUUCUUAAAUCCAAUGGCAGACGAUCCACUAGCUCCAUCCACACCACAACAACACCACCAACCGCCACCGCCACCGUCACCGUCACCGUCAUCAUCCAACGCCGCCGCCGCGCCGUUAGGUCACAACGUGAUUCCGAUCGUUAAUAAGUUACAAGAUAUUUUCGCUCAGCUAGGUAGCUCAUCGACUAUUGAGCUACCUCAGGUUGCUGUUGUUGGUAGCCAGAGUAGCGGUAAGUCUAGUGUCCUUGAAGCGCUCGUCGGCCGUGACUUUUUGCCACGUGGAUCGGAUAUCUGUACUCGUAGGCCGCUUGUGCUUCAGCUUUUGCAAACGAAACGGAAACCGGAUGGUGCUGAUGAAGAGUAUGGCGAGUUUUUGCAUGUUCCUGGGAAGCGGUUUUAUAAUUUCAACGAUAUUCGUAACGAAAUUCAGGCCGAGACAGAUAGGGAAGCAGGUGGAAACAAGGGCGUUUCUGACAAGCAGAUCCGUUUAAAGAUCUUUUCACCUAAUGUACUUGAUAUCACCCUGGUAGAUUUACCUGGUAUAACAAAAGUUCCCGUUGGUGAUCAGCCAACUGACAUUGAAGCUCGUAUCAGGACAAUGAUAAUGUCAUACAUUAAGCUUCCCAGCUGUUUAAUCUUAGCUGUCACACCAGCAAAUUCUGAUCUUGCUAAUUCAGAUGCGCUCCAGAUUGCUGGAAAUGCAGAUCCUGAUGGUUAUCGCACAAUUGGUGUUAUUACAAAGUUGGAUAUCAUGGACAGAGGUACAGAUGCUCGGAAUUUUUUGCUUGGGAAAGUUAUUCCCCUUCGACUCGGUUUUAUUGGUGUUGUAAAUCGUAGUCAAGAGGACAUAAUGUUCAACCGGACUAUCAAAGAUGCUCUAAUUGCUGAGGAGAAAUUCUUUCGCAGUCGUCCAGUUUAUAAUGAGCUAGCAGAUCGUUGUGGUGUGCCGCAACUGGCAAAAAAGUUAAACCAGAUUUUGGUGCAACAUAUCAAAACAGUGCUGCCCGGGUUGAAGUCACGUAUCAGUGCUGCAUUAGUUUCUGUAGCUAAAGAACAUGCUAGUUAUGGGGAAAUCACAGAGUCAAAGGCUGGCAUGGGAGCUCUUCUUCUGAAUAUUCUUUCUAAGUAUUCGGAAGCCUUCUCUUCAAUGAUCGAGGGGAAGAAUGAAGAGAUGUCAACAUCUGAGUUGUCGGGAGGAGCAAGAAUACACUAUAUUUUCCAGUCAAUAUUUGUGAAGAGUUUGGAGGAGGUAGAUCCUUGCGAAGAUCUGACUGAUGAUGAUAUUCGAACAGCCAUACAAAAUGCAACUGGCCCUAGAUCUGCAUUAUUUGUUCCUGAAGUUCCAUUUGAAGUUCUUAUCAGAAGACAGAUUGGUCGGUUGCUAGAUCCAAGCCUUCAGUGUGCAAGGUUUAUCUAUGAUGAGUUGAUAAAGAUGAGCCAUAGGUGUAUGGUCAAUGAGCUGCAGAGGUUUCCUGUCCUCAGGAAGAGGAUGGAUGAUGUUAUUGGGAAUUUUUUAAGAGACGGGCUUCAGCCUUCUGAGACUAUGAUUGGCCACAUUGUUGAAAUGGAGAUGGACUACAUAAACACUUCACACCCAAAUUUUAUUGGUGGGAGUAAAGCAGUAGAAACUGCAAUGCAGCAAGUAAAAUCUUCGAAGAUUGCAACAACACUUUCAAGGCAAAAGGAUGGAUUGGAGCCUGAAAAAGCUCCACAAUCUGAAAAAGGUAUUAAGUCGCGAGCAAUGCUUGCCCGGCCAAUCAAUGGGAUUGUUACAGAACAGCAUAAUCAACCUGGGUCACGGGCAGUCACCGAGGUUGAGAAGUCAGCUAGCGGAAGCACAAGCUGGGGAAUCUCAUCACUUUUUGGUGGUUAUGAUAAUCGAAUUUCUGCCAAGGAAAAUCCUGCAAACAAACUGUUUAGUGAUCCAGUUCAGGCUAUGGAUCAUUCGUUUUCACUGAUCCAUCUGAGGGAGCCGCCAACAGUUUUGAGGCCCUCAGACACUCAUUCUGAUCAGGAGAGUAUUGAGAUCCAUGUUACAAAGCUAUUGUUAAGGUCAUAUUAUGACAUUGUCAGAAAGAACAUUGAGGACUCUGUGCCCAAGGCAAUUAUGCACUUUCUGGUUAACCAUACCAAGAGAGAACUCCACAAUGUCUUUAUUAAGAAGUUGUACAGAGACGAUCUGUUUGAGCAAAUGUUACAAGAACCAGAUGAAGUUGCUACGAAACGAAGACGUACCCGGGAUAUGCUACGUGUUCUUCAGCAAGCUUUUCGGACGUUGGAUGAACUACCAUUAGAAGCAGAAACCGUGGAGCGGGGUUACAGCUUGACAAAUAAUGACACAACUGGCCUUCCAAAGAUUCAUGGUCUUCCAACAUCGUCAUUCUAUACGUCAAGUAGUGGUUCAGCUGAUUAUACAGCUUCUCCAAAGAACCAAAGGUCGCGGAAAUCCCAUUCAGGAGAGUUGCAGUCACCUUAUUAUGGCAAUGUAGAAUCCAAUGGUAAUGGUCGCAGUUCACUUCUUGGUCUUUAUCCUACAGUCGAGUAAACUCAAAGAAUGAGCUUUACACAAGUGACAAUAUAUAAGAUUAGUAUGGUUUCAUACGCUCAUGGUAGUUCUUUUUCUCCAUUGGAGCUGUUUCUGGUAAAUCUAAAAAAUCAUCGUUACAUUACAAAUAUAUAGAUAACAUAACUGCAUUGUUUUUCUGACGGGAGCAGGGCAUCUGCUGUGGAACACUAGUUCCAUAUUUUUUGAUCAUCGCCUUUCCAAAAAAUUGUAGCAUUUAAUUAUUGGAAAAUAAGUCUCAUACCCAGUGUUUGUUAUUGGUACUGUACUGUUGAUUGCAUCUUGGUGCUGACUGGUGACAGAAAUUGUCAUGUUUUUGUUUGAUUUUGUACCAACUUCUUGUGAUUGAUUUUGUGCAUGGAAUCCCGUUAAGUGGUGUUAUAGUU